CAGUGCUCGAUAAAGCGCUUUCCAUCAACGACACUGUUGAACACAGCCGUACACUGUUUGACACUCGAAAAAGUAGUGUGACAGAUGCUUACCAAGAAUUACCAACAAAAAAGAGAAGAAUUCUUUUCUCUACUUAUGAUUUUUAAUUAUCUAGAUUGGUAUUAAAAAAACGAAAAUAAUUUAUUGUAGAAUCGAGAAUCAUUACUUAACCUCGCAAUUUAUUUACGGCAUAUUCUAGUAGUAUUAUUUGAGAUUAUUAAAUUGAGCUUGUCUCUUACUGCUAAUUAAAAUUUAAUAAAAAUGUUCAAAUGUAAAUAUUGCACUAUUGAAGUGAGCCCUGAAAAUGUCGCGAAACACGGUUGCUUUAUAAAUAAAAGUGAGAUAUUCAUAGAUGAUGACAACAAUUUCUUCUACGACGAUGACUUUGCAAAAGAUCCAAGACCUGAGAUUGGUGAAACUACUGAUGAUUAUGAAGCUUAUGAGAUCCUUGACGAAAAAAUUUUGCUUAUUGUUCAUAGGUUAUUUAGAAGAAGAAAACGAAAAGCCUGAAAGUCUUCAUUUUACAGGAAGUAUAAAAAAAUCAAGUGCAAUGUGGACCAAAGAUGCGACUUUAUCACUAUUGAGCUUAUAUGAAGCAAAUGUCGAAAAAUUGGACCAUGCUAAUAAAAAAACGAAAUUAUGGAACACAAUUUCACUUGGUUUGAAAUCGAUUGACUUACAGUAUUCUUCAGAUCAAGUAAAAUGGAAGAUGAACGCUCUUCUGUCUAAGUAUAAAUCAUGUUUCGACAAUAAUUCGAGAAGCGGACGUGAUUAUCAAACCUUUGAUUAUUAUGAUGUUAUUGAUGAGAUAAUGCAAAAAAAAAAUACAAAAUUCACAGCUACUUCUUCCGUUAGAUCAUCUAAUCCAUUGAAGUCUAAAAAUACUCCGGUAACUAAUUUAUCUCCCAAUAAUAACUCUGUUAACCUGAAUAAAAUAGGAAAAUCUGCUUACAAAGAGAAAGUAAAUGUUAGCGAAGAUAAAUUAUCUUCUUCGCCAAGUACAAACAGUUCAAAAGAUAAGACAAAUGCAACACCACGUGGGACUGGCUCGAAAAUAGCAAGACAAAAAGUAGCUUUAGAACAAGAAUGGCUUAAACAUCUUAAAAUGAAUGAAGUGAAAGCAAAAGCAGAUGCUGAACUUCGAGAAAAAUAUUUAAUUCAAAAAAGAGAACAAAAUGAACUUAAAAAAAAUUACUUACGGUUACGAACCGAAGAAUUGGAACAAAAGAAAGAACUAGAGAUGCAAAAAUUAAAAUCAAAACAACGACGUCAUGAAGAUAUUCUGGAUAUGAUGAAAUCACUACGUCCAAAUAAUGCAAGGGAACAAAAGAAAAAUGCUUAUGAUUCUGAUUAAUCGAUUUUCUUUCGAUUUUAGCAAUAUUUUCAUAUCUUUUAACAAAAUUUAAAUAUUUUAUAUUAGAUUUUAAUCGUUAAUGCAUGCAAAAACUUAAAAAUUAUCAUAAGUUUCUUAAUACGUAUAAUUUUAUUUUUCAUAAUUUGUUUGCUUC